AUAUCAGAGAUUGUUGUGAGCUUGAUUUCGAAACAUUAUUCAGUUGCAGUUGCGGAAUAUUAUGCAGUUGCACAAAAACUUGGAGUUAUUAAAUUCAUAGAUUUUGUUAGUGAUUUUAUUUAGAACUUAGAAGAAAUAACUGUGUCUUGUUUUAUCCUUGUCUGAGUUAAUUUGUGAAAGCAGAGUAGUUCUCCUGGUGGCUCAAUAAAAAUACUUAUUAAUAUGGAUUUGCGAGAAUUAAUGUACUACGUCAUGUUAACCCUGAGUUUACUGACCGAAACAAAUGCACAAACAUCAUGUGAAACUCAAAACGGAAAUAAAGGAGAAUGCGUAUCAAUAUACGACUGCCCUGGCCUUCUCCAAGUACUGAAAACUCUCAGAUUGACUCCAAAAAUGAUAGCAGGGCUUAGAAGAUUGCAAUGCGGCAACGGACCUUGGGUUUGUUGCGAACGAAAUAAAUUGGAAGAAACGAAAGAUCAAAAGAUAGAAAACGUACGCCAAAACCGCCUAAACGGUCAAGACCAUCCGAAUCAAAUUGUAACUCCAAGCAACAAUGAAGGAAACUUAAUAACCAUUUGCGGAUUUCAAGGACAUACAACUCGAAUAGUAGGAGGAUCUGUAACAGAGUUAAACGAAUUUCCUUGGAUGGCUCUUCUGGAUUAUGAACAUGAGAACGGAACUUGGAUCUCCAAAUCUGGGGGCUUCCUGAUUAAUGCUAGAUAUGUCAUUACAGCUGCACAUUGCGUUGUAAAUAACAAUAUUGGAAAAAUUGUAAAUGUUCGGAUAGGGGAGCACGAUACUAGAACCGAUCCGGAUUGCAUUAAUGAUGGUUCUCAGGAGAUCUGUAACAAUCCGGUAUUGAACUACGGCAUUGAAGAAAUUAUUCCACAUAAGGAUUACAUUCCGGACAAUCCGUUAAAUCUUCAAAACGACAUUGCACUUAUCCGUUUGACGAGUAAUGUAAGAAAUAGUGAAUUCGUAGCACCUAUCUGCUUACCACCACCUGACUUUCCUGGAACCCCACUCGGAAAUAAUGUUACCGUAGCUGGUUGGGGCAAAACCGAAAAUGAAAUACGAAGUCCGGUUAAAAAGAAGGUCGAUGUCCCUAUAGUUAGUUAUGAACGAUGUAUAGUAGGGUAUGCUGGACUAACAAUCUCAAACGACUUGCAAAUCUGUGCUGGAGGUGAAAUACAAAAGGAUUCUUGUUACGGGGAUUCAGGAGGACCCCUAAUGACGCAGCAUAAUGGAGUCUGGAUUGCCGAAGGUAUUGUUUCCUUUGGACCACAAGGGUGCGGGUCAAUAUUUCCUGCAGUCUACACAAGAGUAGCUCCUUUUGUGCCAUGGAUUCUUACCAAUAUGAAGCCUUAGGUCCAGAAAAUAGUGUCAAGAAAUUUUAUACGAGUAUGACUUUAUUGUUUACUAAGUAGGGGAUACUGGGGCAAAAUUUGUCAAAACGAAAAUUUCAAUAUUCACUAUUUUCUAAAAUAAAAGAGACUGAGGCUUGAAAUUUUUAUUAUAGAUAGGGUGGAAUCACCAGUUUUCGCCACUUACAUUGAAAUCGCUAUUUUUCGCAAUUUAUGAAAUAAAUGAGUCGCAAUUUUUUUGUAUUGUUUCUGCUUCUACGCAUAGAAUCGAAAAAUAAUAAUUAUUCGUUUUGGAUUCACGAUUUUGAUCACUUUUUAGAGCAAUAUUUUAAGCAAGUGCAUCGAAUCCAACAUCUCUUACAAAAUGUACUAAGUGUCGUCAAAUUUUUAUCAGGCCAAAAAUACCUAUUUGGGUAAAUAAUUUGUCAAUUGAAUAUUUAAUUGCACUUGUGGAAUACAUAAAAUUUGUAUUUAAUCAAUUAAUAUUUCAUUUUAUAUUAUUUUUGUAUAAAAAUGAGGCAUGGCGAGAAGUGGUAAUAUUCUGGAAUUGAUUUUACCACCUGUCGCCAUAUCUUUUCAAUAGGCGACGCUAACUUCACUUCGUACAUUCUCAGUUGUCAAAUCUGCAUUGUUUACUUUCUGCAAAAGCCCCAUAAUUUGAUUUCUCAAAUAAAAGUGAAGAAAAAUCAUUUAAAGAGAGUAAUAAUAAAGUGAUCACAAGGAAAGAGAAAUGGUGAAUGUAUUCUUUUCAUAGCAUUGCCUAAAAUAACCGAGUGUGGUUCUUUUCAAGUGGGUGGCGAGAAGUGGUUACAAAUUUUACAAAACUGGCGAAAAGUGGUAAAAAGUGGCGACGAAAUGGUUAUUUUUGCAUUAUUAAUAAAAAUCAGUUUUUUAAGUAGUCCAGCGUAAUGUUCUAGGAUUAUUGUUUUCACGUAUCUAGAGCCAAUACAUCUAAGUAACUUUGUGUCAAAUUUGACUUAUCUUGUAACAAGGAUUCAAAAGUUAUGAUUAAAUGAAUUUAAUUUUUUCCUAAACAUGGCGAUAGCCGAUUAUUCCACCCUAGCCUUCAUGAACCACAAAGUUUCAAGGGAUUCGAGGAAGGAUUAUGUAAAAUAAAAAAUAAUGAAAUUUUGAGCUCUAUUUUUCGAAUAUUUGGCUUACAGAAAAUAUCAAUACUACUGAUUAGGUCAAUUUAAGCACAUUUCUCGUUAAGAUAGAGAAAAAAUAUUUUCAACAAUGUUGUAAAGGAAUAAAUUUCCCAUAAAAAUAUAUCUUUAUUGAUAUUUUUAACGUUUGCAGUAGUAAAACGUCACAAGUUAUCCGAAGACUGACAAAAUUUGCCCCAGCAAUUUUGAGAAUCUUCACAAAAUCGAUUUUUAGAUAAUGAUUCUAAAAUCACACUUCUUUCGAGUAGGGCAAAAUAGUCUUCUGCAAUAUUAUAGAGCAGUAAAUUUCCCAUAAAACUAACAUUAUAAAACUUUCAAGUUUUCUCAGAGCUCGUGAAAGAAUUAAAUAUGCGUUUUGACAAGUUUUGCCCCAGUCUCCCCUAGAUUACAAACUUAAAUUAGGAAACUGUAAGAGAAAUCUGGGAGUCCCAAAACAAUUUAAAAAUUCUUUUCAUACAUUAUUUUCUUCUGAUUAAAUGCUGAGGUGGCUAAUAAAUGCUCUUGUGGCAGGUUCUUAAAGGUACUUUGGAAAACCCUAAAAUUACUCCCAAGUUUCUUUAUUUAAAUAACCAACUACCGUAGAUGCAGGUUGCACUGCAGUCCGGGAGUGAUAUAGCCCCUUGCUGCCCUUGCUUUUCGUAAGUUUUUCUUUAUAAUUUUACCACUUAAGGAUAGUCCACAGACCAUCUCAUGGUCUAAAGAUCAUCCUUUAUUGAUAAAAUUAAAAAAAAAAAGCUCACGAAAGGAGAGAUUCGGAGUGUCACACCCUGAGUGCAAAGUCACUCGCAUCUAUGGCAAAGCAAUAAAUAGUGUAGAAAUUUGAAAAAUGGUUCUCAAAUGUUAACUUCAAAUUUGUGAAAAUCAAGAAAGGUUCAGUGUCUCCGUCUAUUUCCUGCUACAUUCUGUCGAACCGAAAUUCUUCUGAAACAUCUCGUUAACUUCAAUAUUACAAAAAUAAAUAUAUUUUUGGAAAGAUA